UCAUCUUUUCUCAGAUUGCCUGGGCGGCGCCUGUCAGUGUCAGUGUAAGUAGUCCAUCUUUGUCACACAUCCAGCGUUGCUGCAGCAGAUUGCAGCAGCAUUGCGGCAUUUCAAUUGCGCAGCACGAGCAAGUCACAUAGGCAGCAUUGCAUAUUUGCAGGGUGUUUGUGUCUUGUGCGAUCGCCAGUUUUCUUUGUCUGUUGCACUCCAAUCACAAGAUGCUUGUUCAUCUAUCGGUUUGGUUUCUGCGGAGCGCGGCACUUGUGACCGCCAUUCCCCUAAUGCUGAGGGGGGUGGUUCGCUUAUGGCAUCAGGGGAUGGAUCUCUUAACCAUCUGGAGGACGGCAGGGCCCGCCCUGGCCUCUCACAUUAGGGUUUCACGAAAUUAGGGUUUGAACAAGAUCCUGCUCACCAACAAUCCAAAGAAGCAAUUUCACAACGGCAUCAGUGGCUCAAGCAAGCUAUCCUUACGUACUCAAGCAGCGAGUGGGUGAUCAGAGGCGGAAGCCUUGAGAGAACGAAAUCAUGCAAUCAAGUAGGGAGGGCACAUGAUGAUCAUUCUUUAGAGAGAGUAACCAUCCUAGCAAUGGCAGAACCGCGCCUCAGUGAGAGUGGGGCCCCCAUCCCCCAGGAGAAGCCCGCCACUCCGGGCCUCUCUCGACUCAGCACCUCUCGUUCCCCGCCCCCAGACAACCCCACGUCAGAGGCUUCUAGAAAAGCCACCCCCACGCCACCACCUGGAACCGCCCCAGGCACUCAGAGCAACCCCUUCUCACGCCUCAGGUCUCUCUCCCGGCGGCCGUCCACCCAGCCAGGCCCUGCCGGGGGCGACGCAGACGAAUUAGCAGGGAGCAAUGGGGCGGCCGAGCGGGAAACAAGGCCCCAGCGGCCAUUUAUCGUGCCCCAGCUGACAGAGCUGUGCGUGAACACGAUUUCGGCCAGCUUUGAGCAGCGACCGACGUUUGGGAAGAUGCCGGACAAGUUUGUGAAAGCCGUGACGAAGCGGGUGGCGCUGGAUCUGCCGCUGGAAGUGGCGGGCCAGCUGAUCGAGGAUGAGGACUACUGGCGCAGGCGCACUGCGCUGCGGUGGCGCAACUGCGACGUGAGUGUCCUGGGAAAGACGUGGAAGCAGCUCUAUAUGGAGCGGAACCUAGAAGCUGCCCUCGAAAGUUACGACCCCGCCGUGACGGAACUGGAGUCCCUGCGGCAACUCGUCGCAUUUGCGGCGCCCUUUGUGCAACAGCUGGUCAUCAAGCAGCUGCCGUCGCACCUGGACCUGGGCAUUCUUUUCGAGGGGUUCCUCGGAAACGUUCUCCAGUCGCUGUCCGUUUCAUACGGCCUCCGCAAUGUGGGCAUGGACUACACGAGCGACCUAUUCGGCAUGAAGCUGGCCGACUGCCGCGCGCUCGCGGCCGCGCUCCCGCGCGCGCGCGCGCUCACCGCCCUGGCGCUCGCGAACGACGUCCUGGACGACGACAAGGUCAAGGCGCUCGCGGCCGGGCUGGCCGACAACCGGACGGUUACCAAGCUUGACCUGAGCCAUAACAAGAUUGGGGACCGAGGGGCGCGCGCCCUCGCGAAGGCGCUCGAUGAGAAGAGCGUCCUGACCACGCUCAACCUUUGCGACAACAAAGUGGGAGCGGAGGGAGGCAAGGCGCUCGCGCGCGUGCUCCAGACCAGCCCCUCGCUGACGUCACUCAACCUUCGGCUGAACAGCCUGGGCGACGAAGGUGGCGCGCACAUCGGGCAGGCGCUCGCCGAAAACAGCACACUGAAAGCCUUGCAUCUGGGCAGCAACUUUUUGGGCCGUGGAGCAAUUGCCGCCAUAGCCGACGCCCUCCAGACGAACAAGGCCCUCCCGCUGGCGUCAUUGGACGUCACGUGUAACCCGGACAUUGGCGUGGAAGGAGGGCAGCUCUUGAGAGAAGCGCUGGAACAAGCCACGAGUGUAAAAGAGUGCGACGUCAGGCUAUCGAACAUGGGGGAGGACACAGAAGCCGCGAUUGCGGCAUAUGUAGAGUCUAGAUAGAUCAAUUCCGGUAGUAGAGAUCAUUUAUGGUAGAACAAGUUUGGCGCGCAGCAGGCCCCUGUCUACGAAGCAUUGGUUGGACAUACAGGUAGACGUUAAGGCCAACGUACGGUUCUAUAAUGAGAUAGGUUCAUCCAAAUAAGUGUGAAGGCUCUUUCCAAAAAUUGCUUUGACCUCGCUUUGACCAACUGCUAGGACAUGUGCAACAGGAUUUACGAGCGGAUAAACAAGCCAAACAAUUGGACACUUUAGCUGAGCAAGAUUGUAAGCUGUAUGAUAGACCGGGUAAACGGCAGACGUUGAACGGGG